AUGGCAUUUAAGGUUGCAAUUAACGGAUUUGGAAGAAUCGGCCGGUUGGUCCUCAGGAUUGCCGUGCAAAGAGAAGAUAUAGAUGUGGUUGCUAUCAAUGAUCCAUUUAUCGAGGCUGAUUAUGCAGCCUACAUGUUCAAAUAUGAUUCAACACACGGAAGAUUUAAUGGAACAGUUGAAUCCAGUGCCAAUAAGCUUGUGAUCAACGGCCAUUCCAUCACUGUUUACCAGGAAAAGGACCCGGCUAAUCUCCCAUGGGGGAAAAUCGGUGUUGAGUACGUCAUCGAGGCAACAGGCAUCUUCAAGACUAAGAAACUUGCCCAGAAGCAUCUUGAUGCUGGAGCCAAGAAAGUUGUCAUUACUGCUCCUUCAAAAGAUGCACCAAUGUUUGUUAUGGGUGUUAAUGCCGACGAGUACACUCCAGACAUUAAUAUCUUGUCGAAUGCAUCGUGCACGACCAAUGGUUUGGCACCAAUUGCGAAAAUCCUCAAUGACAACUUCGGAGUUGAGUCUGGUUUGAUGAGUGCCGUUCAUUCUGUCACUGCUACUCAGAAAACUGUUGAUGGUCCAUCCAAUAAGAAGUGGAGGGCCGGAAGAACAGCUUCCGGCAACAUUAUUCCAUCUUCAACAGGUGCUGCCGAGGCUGUUGGCAAGGUUUUGCCGGCUUUAAACGGCAAGCUAACUGGUAUGUCGUUCAGAGUUCCAACUACUGAUGUCUCUGUUGUUGAUCUAACAGUUAACUUGAAGAAACCAACCACCUACGAUGAGAUUUGUGCCGUUGUUAAAAAGGCUUCCGAGGGCCCUUACAAGGGAAUUGUUGGAUAUACUGAAGAUGCUGUUGUUUCUUCUGAUUUUAUCACUGAUUCUCACUCAUCUACUUUUGAUGCCAAGGCUGGAAUUCAGUUGACUCCAACUUUUGUCAAAAUCAUCAGCUGGUACGAUAACGAAUAUGGUUAUUCAACCAGGGUUGUCGAUUUGUUGGAGCAUGUUGCCGGUGUUUCGUCAAAGGCCAGAAACUGA